UCACCUUUCGGCCGAGGGCGCGCGCCCUGGAAAAUUCCACUCCCGAGCUCGCUCCACCCUUUCUGCGCUUUUUCUCUGGCUCAGUGCUCUGCAGCUCGACUAGCAUCCCGGCGGCCUUUGCGUGAGCAAAAUGGCAGCCCCCAUACCUCGGUGCUUGUCCUCCUUAUCCAGGACUUUGGGAUGGUGGUCUCGGCAGCCUAUUCUGGUGACUUGGUCCACAGCUGUAGUUCCAGUUAAAAACAAAAGCCGUUUCAGACCCCCGACUUCUGAACCCAAGUACAGAACAGAGAAGGAGUUUUUGGAAUAUGCCAGGAAAGCGGGAUUGGUUAUUCCACAGGAACGGUUGGAGCGUCCUAUACACUUGGCCUGUACAGCUGGUAUAUUUGAUCCCUAUGUUCCACCAGAGGGUGAUGCUCGAAUGUCGUUUCUUUCAAAGGAAGGACUGACGCAGAGAACUGAGCGAUUACGAAGGAACGUGGCAUCACAGCUGGCAAUUCGAAAGAUAAAAGAAUUUGAUGCUAAUUUUAAAACAAAAGACUUCCCUGAAAUAGCUAAGGAUAUUUUCAUCGAAGCUCAUCUUUGUCUAAACAACUCAGACCAUGACCGGCUUCAUACCUUGGUAACUGAGCACUGUUUUCCGGACAUGGUCUGGGACCUCAAGUACAAGACUGUGCGCUGGAGCUUUGUGGAAUCUCUAGAGCCAGCCCAAGUGGUUCAUGUCCGUUCCUCAGGUCUAGUGAACCAGAGCAACAUGUAUGGCCAGGUCACCGUGCGCCUGCACACUCGGCAGACUUUGGCCAUUUAUGAUCGGUUUGGCAGAUUGAUGUAUGGACAGGAAGAUGUGCCCAAGGAUGUCCUGGAGUAUGUGGUGUUUGAAAGACACUUGAUGAACCCAUAUGGGAGCUGGAGAAUGCAUGCCAAGAUUGUGCCCCCGUGGGCACCUCCUAAGCAGCCCAUCCUCAAGACCUUGAUGAUUCCUGGUCCUCAGUUGAAACCCUGGGAGGAGUACGAAGAGACACAAGGGGGCACCCAUAAGCCUCAGCAAGCCUGAUGGCGUGAGUGUGAGUGACUCCUGAGGAGCUGGCAGUGGUGGGUGGCAUACACCUAAUCCCAGCACUCAGAAGGCAGAGCCAGGUGGAUCUCUGUGAGUUCAAGGCCAGCCUGAUCUACAGAGCAAGUUGCAGGACAACCAGAGCUACAGAGAACCCUGUCUCAGAAAAAAAAAAAAAGAAAAAGACUCCUGAGGGUGCCCGGUGGUGGGGCUGCAAAAUCAGCUCUACCCUGAGAGCGUCCCUUGCUCUGUCCUACCCUGCCUGGGUCAGCAGCCCGCAGCCCCUUACAGUCAUGGCCCAGGUGACUAGGAUGCCCAGCAUGGAGUAUCUUUUUACGACCAUAUUUAGCUUCUGAGGUGAAAUGAGAAGCAGCAGGAGAGAGAGUGAACACCAUACUGGGCUUUCCCCGCAGGAACUGUGGGAUCAGACCGACAGCUUUCUUUUUUCUAAUUAUAGGCCACGUCAGCAUUUGGAAUAAAAUACUGCCAAAGAGUUGAAUAAA